AAGUGACCCCUCGAGAGCGGCCGCGGAUCAUCCUCGCUCCGGUGCAGCGGGAGUCGCCCAGAGGCAGUGUCUCCGCGACGGAGCCCCAGCCUGCCUGGAAGAUGCCUCGAUCGUGCUGCAGCCACUUGGGGGCCCUCCUGUUUGCCUUGUUGCUUCAGGCCUCCAUGGAAGCGCAUGGCUUGUGUCUGGAGAGCAGCCACUGUCAGGACCUCACCGAGGAGAGCAACCUGCUGGCCUGCAUACGGGCCUGCCAGCCCGACCUCUGGACGGAGACGCCUGAGAUCCCCGGCGACGGUGAGGAGCAGCCCCUGCCCGAGAAGCCCCGGAAGUACGUCACGGGCCACUUCCGCCCGGACCGCGUCGGCCGCCCGGAUGGCAGCGGCGGGGCGGGCGCGGGCCGGAAGCGGGAGGAGGAGGUGGCGGGGGCCGGCAUCGGCGCCGUGCCAGGCCGCCGCGAGGACCGGCGCUCCUACUCCAUGGAGCACUUCCGCUGGGGCAAGCCGGUGGGCAAGAAGCGGCGCCCGGUGAAGGUGUACCCCAACGGCCCCGAGGACGAGUCGGCCGAGGCCUUGCCCCACGCGUUCAAGAGGGAGAUGGCUGGGGCGUGGCGCGAGCCAGAGCCGGGUCCCGAGCGCCUGGCCGAGGGCGCGGCGGCCCGGGCGGGCGUGGAGUACCGCCUGGUGGCCGAGGCCGGGGCCGAGGCGGCAGCGAAGGAGGACGGGGGGCCCUAUGAGAAGGAGCACUUCCACUGGGGCAGCCCGCCCAAGGGCAAGCGCUAUGGCGGCUUCAUGACCUCGGAGAAGAGCCAGACGCCCCUGGUGACGCUGUUCAGAAACGCCAUCGUCAAGAACGCCCAUAAGAAGGGCCAGUGAGGGUGGAGCGGGGCGCGGGGCUUCUCUCCCUGAGAAGUCGACCCCGAA